UGUGUGGUUGCCCCCCCACCCCCCGACAUACAGAGCACGCCCCCUGCUGAGCCAGCCUGUCCUGCUCGGCCCGUGCUGGAGCUGGAGCUGCGGGCUGUACGGCUGGCGGGGCUGUGGGAUGGGCUGCCGGGAGCUGGAACGGGAGGCGAGUGCCCGCCAUGUCAAGCUGCAGGCCUUGCAGAGCAAGCGGCAGCGCAUCCUGGACUUCCGGCACCUGGUGCGUGAAAAGCAGCAGCACGUCCGGGCACUGAUCAAAGGCACCUCCUACAUCAAAUCCCAGCUCCGCAAGGACCAGGCCGAGGUCCAGGCCUUCGUGCAGAGGAAGCUGCUGGGCCCGGAGCAGGACGUGACGCUGGAGUCGCAGUGGCUGCACGGGGGGGUGGAGUGCGAGUUCCGGCAGCUGGGGGCCAUCGCCCUCCCCUGCCUCCUGCGCCGCAGCCUCCUGGGGUCCCAGCAGGUCCCGGCCCACGAGCUCUCCAUCCAUAGGCUGGACCGGACGGCGCUCGCCCAGCACCGGGCCUUCCUCACUGUGUGCCAGGCGUCCGGCUUCCCUCUCUACAAGGCCCCGGAGCACCUCCUGCCCCACAUGGCUGAGCUGAAGAAGGAGCUGCUGGCCCUGCGUGCCCAGCUGGGCUACAAGAACCGGGUGCUGGCCAGCCUGCAGCAGCGCCAGGGUUCCCCGGGGACUGACGCACAAGGUGAGAUCCCCUCCAUGGCUCCAGACGGACAGGGGGACGCCUCCCCAGCCUGAGGACCCUUCCCAGGGUCUGCAAGGGGCACCCUCCCUUGUAGCCAUUUCCAUGGAGACAGCAAUAUCAACAGCCUUCUGUAAUGUAAGCUGAGCCUCUGUCAGUAGGCGCUUCCGUAUAGCUUCACUGUAGAGGCCGCACACUAACCUGUCA